GCCCUCAGAGGCUCCGCCCCAAGAAUUCUCUAUGCUUUGCUUCUGCAGUCCCGAGCGUGGCCCCGCCCCAGUCACCGGAAGAACCCGUGCGUCCUCACUAGGUCCUACGCGUUGUGUGAGGGGCGGGAGUUGAAGGACGGUCUCUGGCCGGGUUCGCGGGUCCCUGGGACCGCGGAAGAGGCUUCGGCGAACCGCCGCGAUGCCCAACCCGCGGUCGGUCAGUCAGCUCCUGGAUCUAUGCCUUUGGUGCUUCAUGAAGAAUAUUUCCAGAUAUAUCACAGACAUUAAGCCUUUGCCUCCCAACAUAAAAGAUAGACUGAUUAAAAUAAUGAGCCUGCAGGGACAGAUAACAGAUUCAAAUAUAAGUGAGACUAGUCUGAAAAAGGCUAUCAUGCAAGUGGAUGUCUCAGUACUGGUGAUUGCUAAAAUGCAAGUCAGUCACAUUUCUCAUAUAUAUACAUAUAUAUCUCAUCAAUACAUAAUUGUGUUUUCUCCAGGAAUAAAAGCUGUGGCUUCAUCUUGUUCAUACCUGCAUGAAGCUUCUUUGAAAAGAUGCUGCAACCUCACUGAUGAAGGAGUCCUUGCUCUCGCACGCAAUUGCCGGCUGCUAAAGAUCAUUGAUUUAGGUGGCUGCUUAGGUAUUACUGAUGUGUCCUUACACGCAUUAGGAGAAAACUGCUCAUUUUUGCAGUCUGUUGAUUUUUCAGCUACUCAGGUAUCUGACAAUGGUGUGGUUGCACUUGUUAGUGGACCUUGUGCCAAGAAAUUAGAGGAGAUUCAUAUGGGACAUUGUGUAAAUCUGACUGAUGAGGCUGUAGAAGCUGUCCUCACUUGCUGUCCUCAGAUACGCAUAUUACUGUUCCAUGGAUGCCCCUUGAUAACAGAUCAUUCACGAGAAGUCUUGGAGCAAUUAGUAGGCCCAAACAAAUUAAAGCAAGUGACAUGGACUGUUUACUGAUGCUUAUCAAAGCUGUGAUCUUCAUACUACCAGGAAAUGAUGGUCUUGGAGAUUGGCUUUCCAAUAUGUAAUAUGGUUUGUGCUUUAACCAGACUCUUAAACACUUUAACAGUGCUAUUAUUCUGUGUUUGUUUGAUGAGUCCGUUUUUUAAAUGGUAAUCCUAGCAUGUCCCCUGAUGCAUCUGGGGUGGGGGAUGGGGGUGGUACUGUGUUUGUUUCUUAAAUAACGAAGUUUUAAAAUUAUCUGUUUUCUCUGGAGAUUUCCUUCUCCUACCUAGAUAUUUGAGACGUUAUAAGGGAAACUUACCAGUAUGGAUAGACAUUAAGAGAAUGCUAAGUAAAAGUAUUUCUGAAAAUA